AUUUGGUCGGCAGGGAGGGAUUUGGAUUAGAAACAAAUUUUGUUUCUUGGUUUCUUUCAACAACUCCGAUGGCAACUAGUACUACCAGCAUAGCAGCCGGCGUCGCCACAUGGAACAAGAGGAGCUUCGACCGUCAAACGUUGCUGGCUUCUUCGAGGGGGCUUUCAAAUCUGUGUUGUUGGCAGAUUCAGUUUCGUUCAUCUUCUUUGACUCUCCCUAAUCGUCAUCAUCGCACACCUCGACCCCUUACUCUGGUGCAAGCAAAGAAGCAGACAUUUUCCUCCCUUGAUGAACUACUUGAAAAGGCCGAGAAGCCUGUAUUGGUAGAUUUUUAUGCAACCUGGUGUGGGCCUUGUCAAUUUAUGGGUCCUAUACUGAACGAAGUUAGUAAUACCAUGGGUGACACGAUCCAAGUGGUGAAGAUUGACACUGAAAAGUAUCCAGAGAUUGCAAACAAGUACAGCAUUGAGGCUUUGCCAACUUUCAUAAUAUUUAAGGAUGGAAAACCCUGCGACCGUUUUGAAGGAGCUUUGACAGCAAACCAACUCAUCCAACGAAUUACGGGUACACUAAAAGUUGACACCUAGUAGUAUGUCCCUAUUAUGGGUUGCAUCUCCCCUUCAACAUGUUUCAGCUAGCUUCUCAUUUUAAACAUUGAUUGAUGUUUGGCCUUCCAUCAUUCAUGUAUAUCAUUUUCAUUUACAAAAGUGCUACUUGUUUUAGGCUGUUGGAAAUGUGAUUACAAAUUGCUACUCACGCAUAGUAAGUUUGUUUUUUUUAACCAAUUUGGAUAUGGUGAUAAAUUUCGGUUGGGUGA